AUGUUGAUAUUUCUUACAUUUGUUCUUACAAGUGAAUUUUAUAAUCAACUUAAUUCACUAUUAAAUGAAGAUAUUCAAAAAACAUUUAAAGAUUUUAAAGAUAAACAAAUUAUGUAUUUUGCUGAUUAUUUUCCAGAGAUAGAAUAUGGUCAAUUUCAUAUUCAUUCAUAUUUUUAUAAACUGGAACAUUAUAAUCGUAUAAUAAAUAAUUUUCCAGGUGAAAUAUUUAAAUAUGUUAAUAAAGCGUCAUUAUUUGAUAAACGCCCUUUUGAACAUGAAUUUUUUCUUCAAAUUACUCAAUCAUUUUCAUUGUUGGAAAUUUUGAUUGUAGUUAAUCAAAAACGAAAAAAUAAUAAACAGAGUAGAAAAUUCAAAAAUGAAAAUCAAGAUUUAUCAAUCAUUAAAUAUCCUCAUCUUAAAGAACUUCAUCUUGUCAUGGCUCAAAAAGAUUAUCUUGGACAAUUCUUAAUUGAUACUAAAACGUGUUUAUCAAAUAAUGUUUAUCUUCGUACGAAUUAUUGA